ACCGGCUAGCUCUUCUCGCACAUCAUUUAAUCGAAUAAAAGUACUUGGCCAAAAAAGAUCGAAAUGAGUUCGUCAGAGUACAUUAAACAUUUAGCUAGCAACAGUAUGAGUCGUUCUUUGAUAAACGAAGGAAGAUCCCGUAAAAAAUCUUGCCUCUGCCUGUUUGUGGGUAUCACCGUAGGAAUCUUUUUAGCUGGAAUUCUCCAUUACUCUAUUGUACAAAGUGACACUUAUGGGUUUGGUUCAAAGAAAUUCAAAAGGAUUAUUCGACACGAUGUAUCAAAAAAUGUAAGCGUUAUUCCCAGUCUAAAAACGGAAAGCCCCGUCAAGACAUUGGAAGUUGCUCUUCCAAGUACUGUUUUGCCUGAAACCACAACGAAAAUUGCAGAGGAAGUAACUAAUGAAAAUAGUUCCACUGAUAGUACGCAAAAUCCCGUCAAGAAAUCGGACGAGGAAGAAACUACUGUUCCAAGUAGUAGUACUUUGGAUGAAAGUACCACCGAAGUUCUUAAGGAUUAUAAUGAAACGCUAGUUCAGUAAUUGAAAAUUGAAAACGUGUUUAAAAAUUAUGAAUGUAACAAAUAUUUUUGUUAUUAAAGUGAAAUGAGAAAUGUG